AUGAACCAUAUCACUGCUAGCUAAGCAUAAUCGACAUCUAGCUACUCCGUACCUUCUCCUCCACUGUCCAUUGUCAUCGUCCUCACUUCUCAACAUUAAAUACUCAUCAUGGGCGUUUUCACUUUCUCCGAAGAGAACAUCUCCGCCGUUGCCCCUGCCACGCUUUACAAGGCUCUGGUCUUUGACGGCGACAAUCUCAUCCCCAAGGUUGUUGACGCCGUCCAGAGUGUCGAGAUUCUCGAAGGAACCGGUGCCCCUGGAACCAUCAAGAAGAUCAACUACCUCGAAGGAGGACAAUUGCACUAUGCGAAGCACAAGGUAGAAGCCGUGGACAAGGACAACUUCGUAUACAAUUAUACCUUGGUAGAGAGCGACACUUUCCCUGAGACAUUGGACAAGAUCGUCGUUGAGACCAAGUUGACGGCUGCCCCUAAUGGCGGAUCCGUCGUUAAGGUGACCGUUAAUUACGUGACAAAGGGAGAUGCCAAGCCUAGCGAAGAAGAGCUCAAGAUUGGGAAGCAGAAGGGAGAUGGACUUUUCAAGGCUGUGGAGGCUUAUGUGUUGCACAAGGUGGAAGCGGUGGACAAGGACAACUUCGUAUACAAUUACACCUUAGUGGAGAGCGACACUUUCCCUGAGACAUUGGAUAAGAUCGCCGUUGAGACCAAGUUGGCGGUCGCUCCUAAUGGUGGCUCCGUCGUUAGGGUGACCGUUAAUUACGUGACAAAGGGAGAUGCAAAGCCGAGCGAAGAAGAACUCAAGAUUGGGAAGCAGAAGGGAGAUGGACUGUUCAAGGCCAUUGAGGCUUACCUCUUGGCCAAUCCCUCUUACAACUGAAUAUUAUUAGAUAGGAAUAAUAUGAUAAUCCCUAUAUAUAAUAUCUAUUAAUUCCUCCUUCACUAAUAAGAGGUUCCAUUUAAGGAAGUUUAUGAGUUUGUCGUCAAUUCAUUAGGUUUCUUUUUCUUAUGGUCCUUGUGUGCGUCUUUUGUAAUGGCUGCAAAUUGAUAUAUCCUUUGUGGUCCUUUUUUCUUCCGAAAUACAAAAUGUUUUUUUUUUUUUUUGGAAUUUUGAGGGAGAGCUGCUUUGGUGUGUC